UCAGUGUCUGAUGACGAAUUUCCCCACAAAUCAUUAUCACUCAAUUCUGUAAGUGGUUCUGAUUUACUAUCGCUGAUCUCUAGCUGGUCUAAAACCACUUUUGACCUAAAGGGACACUUUUUGGAUGCCAUGGACUUUUCUAAGUUUCCAGGCAGAAAGAACAGUCAAAAUGCAGGCAGGGCACAGGACAAAGCAUUAGGGUCAAAAUGUAUGUGAAAUGGUUUGAAACAGUAAUGUUUUACUAUGUGAUUUUAGUGAAUUUAGUGAAUAAAAUUAAAUUUUUUUUAAUUUUUUAAUUUGCCGACGGUUCCGGCCCCCGUACGUCCCAACGCUCAUAGGGACCGGAACACGGAAGCCGGAUGCCGGCAUCGGCCGGAGGAGAUGGCCAGGGACGCUGCAGGGGAAGCAUCGUGGGAGCGAAGGACAAGGUAAGCGCUGCAGGGAAUCCCUGAGCAACGCCGCAUGGUAAGCCCGAGUGUAGCUCGGGGUUGCCGCUUUUGGUACUGAAA